AUGGCAGUUUACUAUGAGAGUAGCUGGUCCAUUCUGAGUACCAUCGGCUUGGUAAACUUCUUCUUCGCCUGGAUUGUGAUUGGUAUCACUAGGCUCUCAUGGCUGUCGGCUAUCCCUGCGAUUGUCUCUGCGGCCGGCGCAGUCGCAAAUGGCCUCUGCUACUAUGCAUGGUACAUGAACUCUGGCAAGCCAAGAACGGCUAGUGCUUACGCCGUUGCGGAUAUCCUGUGGAUGAUCCAAGAGGCAGGGUUGUCCUUUUACAGCUAUAUCAUACUCAAGCAAAUUCUGCGAAACAAGAUGCGAUUGGUAUUUUUUAUCCUGUUUUGGUUCUUCAUGCUAUGUAUCUGCAUGGCCAGAACGCUGCUUCUGAUUUAUAGAAUUAAGUCUAUUUUCGAGGGUGAGGAGGCAUUUACGAACGUGGUGAACGGAGCCCACGUUGGUUACUUCAUCUCUCUAGCUUGUGUCGAAUGCCUCAGCGCCUUCUUCCUGUUACAAGUAUUUAUUAAGGCCAAGAAGACGUCCGAGCAGGUUUCACUUAGGUCAGAUUUUACUAGAUAUCUUAUCCGAAGCACCGAGUUACGACUGGCUUUUCUGGCGUUGAUCGGUGUUUCAAGGGCAAUUACUUUUCUUUUCCAACCUCCGAUCAGUGGAGCGACAAGUGUCUCGAGUCAAAUCGAUGUAUUUUUAUACACACUUGAAUGCCUCUUUCCCGUCAUCCUAUUUAUCGACCUACUGGCCUCGAAGUUGACAUUCACUCACGGUUCUCAAAACGAGUCGUAUCACCUGACGCAAAGAAGGACUAUAAUCGAAUAUGGCUCGAAGGUCUUCAUUCCCGGCAGUGGUGCUCCCUCGGCUUUUAGGGGAUGGUCCACGGCUCCUAGCCGAGGAAUGCCAGUUAUCGGCGCAGGAGGCUUUUCGCCCGAUCUACAGGUUUUAGCGUAUCCCUUGAGCUAG